GCUCCGCGCCGGGUUGACAACAGGCUGCGAGAGGGAGGGCUGAGGGGAUCAAGAUGCCGUUUCUCCGCCUCACUCUCAUCGUUUCGCUGCAGCUGACUUUAUUCAGCGCACUGCAUGGUGCUAAAUGGACAUAUGAUGGGAGAGAAGGACAGGACCACUGGUCCGAGCGCUAUCCGUAUUGUGGCGGAGCGUUACAGUCGCCAAUAGACUUUGAGUCAGAUCUGCUAAGAUUCGAUCCCACUUUACAUCCGAUUGAGGUUCAGAACUACACCCUGUCCCCAAAUGAGCAGAUCACUCUCGGAAAUAAUGGACACUCUGUGCAACUUUCACUGCCCCCCAAGAUGUACAUCUCCAGCCUGCUUAACCAUUUCACUGCAGCUCAACUCCAUUUGCACUGGGGCUCACCCACUUGGCCUGCAGGUUCUGAGCAUACAGUGAACAAUAAGCGGUAUGCAGCAGAGCUGCAUGUGGUGCAUUACAAUUCAGACAAGUAUCCCAAUAUUUCCAUGGCAGUAGACAAAUCUGAUGGCCUUGCUGUGCUGGGUGUGCUGAUUGAGGUUGGGACAUUUAAUCCAGCCUUUGAACAGAUUCUAAAGUUCAUAAAUGGUGUUAAAUACAGAGAUCAGAAAGUGAAGGUGCCUGGUUUCAACAUCAGAGCUCUGCUGCCUAAGCGUCUGGAUGAGUAUUAUCGCUAUGACGGCUCACUGACGACUCCUCCGUGCUUCCCGAGUGUCCUGUGGACAGUGUUCAGGAAUCCCAUAACAAUUUCUCGCAAACAGUUUCUGACCCUAGCAACAGCACUCUACUCCUCCCAUGCCCAGGACUCAGCCCCUAUGCCACUGAAUAACAACUACAGGAAAACACAGCCUGUUGACAAUCGUCUUGUCUUGAUAUCUUUCAAAGAAGGCAGAGGACUGCAUGGUACUCUUACAGUCACAUCUCCAUUAACGAGGAAGCGCAUCAUUCAGCAGCUGCUGGUUGGCGACUUAGGAGACCUGGCUGAUGAAGAGCUGUAUAAGCUCCUUCCAAGUGGUUCAGAGAAGCUCCCUGCUGGCAAGAAGAAAGACCUCAAAACCCAACAAAGUGAGAGACUGGCCAAAUCCAAACAACAAACGCUGAAUCCGUCCCCUUGGAAGAAAAGCCAGACCAACCACCAUGUGGGAAAGCUCGGGCUAGCUGAAAACACACUGAACUACGUCUCACUGGAGCAGAGAGUUUCCCAUCAGCUCAAACAGUCCCACGCUGAGAAUCAGCUGGUUCAGGCUCUCAGAGAUGAGGUUUUCCCUGAGCUUAACCUAAAAAGCUACCUAGAGUGUAAGUCAGACUUAGCUCUCCCCACCAUCAGACACAUUCUCCAAAGACGGCCAAGAGAUGAGGUUUUUGAGUUAAAUAAUUCUCUGGCAAAAGCCUUGAUGAAUCAAAAGAAGACUUCCAAGACUUCCACAGCAAUAGAGAAAAGCGUGCCAAUGACACAACAUAGCGGUCAGUCCCCUGCUACAGUUCCCAGGAAAUCACAGAGCCAGGGUUAUCCACAUCCUUGGCUUUUGCCAAUGGAAUGGGAAGACUAGAGAGAUGCCUGGCAUUGUUGAGACGCACAUUGUCACUUUCUGUGGCAGACUUCAAUCCUGUGUCCCACAAUGGCAGUCAAAUUUUGAAGCCACGCCCUGCAUUCUUUUAUCCAGUCUUUGCCUUAUGCGUGUAAUACUGAAAUAUUAUUUCAAGUGAGUGCACAUAUUUUUAAUUCUCAACAAUGUUUUCUUUAUUUACUGCUGUUUACUUGUUUGCUUUUUCUCACAAAAUCAAUCAAUCAAUGCAUAUCCAAUGAUCAUCAGUGACUGUGUUCAGUAUAAUAUUGGAUUAUCUCAGUAUGUAUAUUUUUGUCCUGAAAAUAUUAUUAUUUUUAAUAUAUUAGGGCUUUUGGUGUAUUUGCACAUUUUGCCUGACUGAACAAUGCUUUUAAAUAAACUAUAACAAAUGA